CAGUAAGCAGCGCAGCAGCGACGUCCUGGCGUCUCUGGCGUCCUAUGCACAUAGUACUAAAAACUAGCAUAUCAAUAAGUUUAAUUCAUUUCUAACUUAAGCAAAACACACAUAAGCAUACGCAUGUGUGUGUGUUCGCUUACAUAUUGCCUGCUCCUUAGUUUAGUUUGUGUUUAGACUGAUUAAAUGCCGGCUAAACUGUUGUCAAAAAUUCACCCCAUGGCCAAGGGCAUGAUGACCUAUGCCUUGCUGUGGCCCACGGGCAGCCUCAUCCAGCAGACAAUAGAGGGACGCAAUUUCAAGACAUACGAUUGGGCACGUGCGCUUCGCUUCAGUCUGUUUGGCAGCCUCUAUGUGGCGCCCACCCUCUAUGGCUGGGUGCGCCUCACCAGUGCCAUGUGGCCGCAGACGAAUCUGCGCAUUGGCCUGCUCAAGGCCGCAACGGAGCAACUGUCCUAUGGCCCCUUUGCCUGCGUUAGCUUCUUCAUGGGCAUGAGCCUGUUGGAGCUGAAGACCUUUCAGCAAGCCGUUGCCGAGACCAAGGAGAAGGCCCUGCCCACAUACAAGGUGGGCGUCUGUUGUUGGCCCAUUAUACAGACCAUUAACUUUUCGCUAGUGCCGGAGCACAAUCGCGUUAUCUUCGUCAGCUUUUGCAGCCUUCUUUGGACUAUAUUCUUGGCAUACAUGAAAACGCAAGCAAUGGAGCCGGAACACGAACAGAAGAGAGGAAGCACGCGAAGAAGUUGACCCAGUGCAGCAGCGACAGGGAAGGCAGGAGAUGCAGAUGAGGCUAGGGAGACAGCAGCAGCAGCUAUCAGAGACCAAACAGGAUGCGGUCCUUGUUUUCAUUUAGGAACCCAAGCAGCUCUGGCAUUUUUACUUGUUAUUCCAUAUAUAAGGGCAGGAUUAGGAGUAGACUGUCUUCCGCUUGGAGCAGAAGACAGCUAGAAGCAGGUGCAGCUGCUGGAGACCAAAUGUAGACAGCUGCUGCUGUUGC